GAACAGAGACAGUCUUUCAAUAGGGUGAAAGAAGAAGACUAGGGUUUUAGUGACAAAGGAAGAAGACGAAGACGGCGAUGAAUUCGUUAACCGUUGAACAAGUGCUGAAAGAGAAGAAGACCCAUGACCCUGAUUCCGUCAAGGAACUUAAUCUCGGCCACAAAGCUCUCACCGACGUGUCUUGUUUGAGCAAAUUCAAAAACUUGGAGAAGCUUGAUCUUCGUUUCAACAACCUCAAGGAUCUUCAGGGACUCAAGUCUUGUGUGAACUUGAAAUGGCUUUCAGUUGUGGAGAAUAAAUUGCAAAGCUUAAGUGGAAUUGAAGCACUCACUAAGCUUACGGUGCUAAAUGCUGGAAAGAAUCAGCUCAAAUCCAUGAAUGAGAUCUCUACUCUUGUCAAUUUGCGGGCAUUGAUUUUGAAUGACAAUGAAAUCUCCUCCAUUUGCAAGCUAGAUCUACUGAAAGACUUGAACAGUCUCGUUCUUUCUAGGAACCCAAUCAGUGAAAUCGGUGACUCACUUUCAAAGUUGAAAAACCUCUCUAAAAUUUCUUUGUCUGACUGCAGAAUAAAAGCUAUUGGGGCUUCUCUCAAGUCAUGCUCUGAUUUGAAAGAGCUGCGACUUGCGCACAAUGAAAUUAAGGCCCUCCCAGCAGAACUAGCAGUCAACAAAAGACUACUGAAUUUGGAUGUCGGAAACAAUAUGAUUACGAAAAUCUCUGGUUUAGAGGUUUUGGGUACACUAUCUUGCUUGCGAAACCUGAAUAUUCGAGGAAACCCGAUCUCUGAUAACGAGAAGUCAGCUAAGAAGGUGAGAGCGUUGCUCCUCCCUUCAGUGAAUGUAUUCAACGCUCAACCCUUAGAAAAAAGCUCAAGGAAUGCAAAGCAUACCCGGCUUGAUACCGAUGAUGAAAACUUUGAUGCUCAUCACAACAAAUCAGGAGAAGAAGAACAAUCCAAAGAAGAUCGAAAAAGCAAGAAGAGCUCCAAGAGAAACAAGUCAGAAGAAGAAGAAGCCAACAAUGAUGAUCACAAGACCAAGAAGAAGAAGUCUAAGAGCAACCCAAAUGUAGAUCAAGUUGAAACAGAAAAGAAUGAAGAACAUAAACAGAAGAAAAUCCAAAGUAACAAUGAUGAUGAUGAUGCUGAGAAGAAACAGAAAAGGGCUACUCCAAAGGAGGAACUCGAUGCUAUCGAUGAUGCUGAAACCUCUUUUGCAGAAAUCUUUUCUCGGGAAAAUGUGUCAAAGGGUUCUUCUGGUGACGGUAUUGAGAAGAAGAAGAGAAGCAGUGUGCAAGAGACAGGUUUAGUGAAAGUGAUAGAUACUAAAGCUAACAAGAAGAAGAAAAUUGAAAAGAAGCAAAGCAAGAGUGUAGUGAUUGAUCUUCCCAUGGAAGUUGAGAUCGGGUUAGGAGGAGAGUCUAAGUGGGAGUAAACUGGAAAACCGAAACUCCGGUGGUGCAACACUUUAAAGAGAAGGGACAGUUAUGACUUUAGCAUCCAACGCUAGGGAGGAGUAUUUUUGAUAUGGUUAAGAACAUAAGAGAGGAAGAAAAUGGUUUUGAUCUUCUUUAUAAAUGGUUUUUUGUAGUGUUGAGAAGCUCUAAUUUUGCACUUUGUUUGAACAUCUUUGACUACAAUUCCAUUUUUAUAAAAUGUUUUGUCAUGU